AUGGACAGACCUGCACAGUCCCAAACGAAACGCAAAAACGCUACCUUCUUCAAGGUUCUGAUUCAAGAUUUCUCUACCUUCUUGGGAUGGAGUAAAUUUGUGGAGGACAAUAAAUUGGAGAAUGGAGAUUUCUUAGUGUUCAAAUAUAUGUCUGAUUAUUCAAAGUUCAAGGUCAAAAUCUACGGCAAAACUUGCUGCGAGAAGGAAUCUGCAAAAAGGAUUGAGACAGACUCUGAUGUUGGAGACGAAGCUUCUGAUGAAGAUGAACCCAUUGAUAUUGAAUCUGAUUCUUCUCGUCCUGUCGUCGAAGAAGAAGAUAAUGAUGAACAAGAAGUUGCAGGUAAAUCGAAGCAGUCAAUGAGUGAAGAGACGAGGAAUGAAGAGGGCGAAACAUUGGCUAAUGAUAAUCAAAUAGAAUUUAAAUCUGAGAAUCCUUUCUUCCAAGUCAAACUCAAAUCUUCAAGUAUCAGCAGCUAUCUGAAUAUACCAUUGAGCUUUUCGAGAGAACACAUAAGGAAGGAGAGCCAAAGGCAAGAUAUAAAGCUAGAGAUGUCAAAGUGCAACAAAAUGUGGGAUGUGGGUCUGAUGGUGUUGUGGGGCCCAGGCAACAAGAAGGUUAUUGCAGGAGCAAGACUGAGUCAGGGAUGGAAGGGCUUCGUCUCAGAAUAUCAGCUGCAAAUGGGAGAUCUCUGCAUCUUUGAAAUGAUCCACCAUACUCAUCACCUUCUCUUCCGUCUUCAUGUUCAUCGAUGGGAUCAACAGAACCACAAGUUUGUUCACAUAUUUUAG